AUGAAAACACUGGACAACUCGUGUUUACCGAAACCAACCGGUGGUCAACUGAUCCAAACGAAGAGACAAUUAUCUCGGGUUAAGAAAUCAAAUCAAUCGGAUUUGACUCCAUAUCGAUGUACUCACGAGGGCUGUGGCCGUGAAUUCCUGCGGCCUCGCGAGCGGCGCCUUCACAUGAAAACAGUCCACUCGUCCGCACCCGACGACGAAUCCAUACCAAAGCAGUUCCGGUGUCCGGAGUCGGGCUGUGGCCGAGUCUUCAGAACUAAAGCUUUCUUGAAUACACACGUGAAUGGCGUGCACUCGACCCGUGAGUAUCGGUGCGAUUGGCCUGACUGUCAGCACAGGACACAUACACAGGCAUUGCUAGAGAGGCAUCGAUUCAUUCACAGUGAGCACAAGCCGUACGCGUGUGAUUGGCCCGAAUGUGGUCAACUCUUUAAGACUAGAUAUAUUUUGAAGAGACAUAUGAUUGUUCACAAAGGAUUGGUUCCACUCGUCAAGCAAUCGGCCGACAAAUCCUAUGUAUGCGCUCACGAGGACUGCGGCCAACGGUUCGCCACUAAAAUCCAGUUCAAUCGUCACGUGACAGUCGCGCACCCGACGGACCGGCCGUUUGCGUGCGAUUAUGAAAACUGUGGCAAACGUUUCAAAACUAAAGGGGCAUUAAUGAGUCACAAAAGGGAAGUUCACUUGACUGUCGGCCAGCAGUUCCGGUGCCCGGAGUCGGGCUGUGGCCAAGCCUUCAAAACUAAUUUGACGUUAAGAGCACACGUGAAUGGCGUGCACUCGACCCGUGAGUAUCGGUGCGAUUGGCCCGACUGUCAGUACCGGACACAUACACCGGUAUUGCUAGACAUGCAUCGACUCACUCACAGUGUGGAUAAGCCGUACGCGUGUGAUUGGCCCGCGUGUCAGUACAGGACCCGCACUUAUGGUCAGAUGAAUGCCCAUAAAAAGAGUCACUCAAACACUGAACCGCUGCUGUCCUGUGAUUGGCCCGGAUGUGAGUACAGGGCCCGCACUACGACCCUAAUAAAGACUCAUCAAGUGAUCCAUAGCGAAGACAAGCCGUGCGCCUGUGAUUGGCCUCAAUGUGAGUAUAGGGCCCGCAGUAAGCGUAGACUUUAUAACCACAAGAAGAUCCACGAUGAUACUAAACCCGUGGCCUGUGAUUGGCCCGCCUGUGAGUUCAGGUGCCGUACGGCUGGCGAAAUGAAAUCGCAUCAACUGAUCCAUACGGAUGAGCGGCCGCACGCCUGUGAUUGGCCCGAUUGUGGCAAACGGUUUAAGUCAAAAAACACGCUCAGAGACCAUGUGGUGGUCCACUCGGGCCCAGACAUGCGGUGCGAUGUGAAGGGCUGUGAGUUUAAGACCAGACAUAGAAUAAUUGAGAAACAAUUAUGUGAUAUGAAUGAAGAUAUCAAUGGAUCGGAUGAUGACAUAAAGCCUGUACUGACACCAGAAAGCGAUUGCAUUUCAUUGUCUGCAACUCAAGAGUUGGCCGAAGAGAUGUCGAGAAUUGACAACACUGUAGACAAUGUGUCGAUUGUUAAGACAUCACUCGUAUUGAGUGGUAAUAGAGUUCCCGAACAGCAAAACAGAGGCAAUCGUUUGUGUCUCAAGUUUUCUAAGAAUUUUCUAAGAUUUAGACAAUUGUCGGCACAGAAGAGGAAGUGCUCAUCGAAACCAUCCCAAGAAAGUCCACUGAAGAGGAAGUGUUGUCCAGAAGAAGACAAUAGUAAUGAAGAGAUUGUUGUCUCAAAUAUUGUUAACAUUUUUGAUGAGAACAUGAAUGACACGAUUGUCGGCACAAGUGGUCGAUUGGAGACUAACGAAGAGUUAAUGGAUGGCAACACAACUGCUAAACAAUCAGUCAAACCAACGGUCAGUUCUGCACACAAGAGUCCAUCGAAACCAUCACUCAUUACACAAUCAGCUGAUUAUCGACAUCAGUGUUCAUUCAAGUCAUGUAAUCAAUUGUUUAAGACUUUAGAUGAAUAUCACAAUCAUUUGCGGGAAAAUCAUUUGAAACACAAGUGUAUUGAAUGCCAGAAGAUCUUCGCGUCACCGGAACUGCUCUCAAAACACCAAAAGUAUUGCAAACGAAAUGUUGUGUUAAAUAGAUUUAAAGCUAAAAAUACAGAUAAUAAUCAAGUGAUGAAAACACUGGACAACUCGUGUCCACCGAAACCAACCCAUAAUAAGACUUCACAACACAAUUGUAUUGUAUGUCAAAAAGUCUUCGCUUCACCGGAACUGUUGUCAACACAUCAAAAGUCUUGUAAAGUUAAGGUUUUGUUAGUUUUUCAGAACAAGACUUCAGCCGAUGGCCAACUGAUCCAAACGAAGAGACAAUUAUCUCCGGUUACGAAAUCAAAUCAAUCGGAUAUCACUCCAUAUCAAUGCGUUUACACGACUUGUGUUCACCGGUUUAAGACAUUAGAAGAAUAUAACAAUCAUUUAGUAGAAGAACACAAGUCAUGUCCACUCAUACUAUCCGAUAGCUCUUCAUAUCAAUGCAUAUUCACGUCUUGUGGACUACUGUUGGAGACAUCGGAUGACUAUAACAAACAUUUGCGUGAAAUUCAUUUGAAACACAAUUGCGAUAAAUGUCAGAAAGUGUUCGCAUCACCGGAUCUGUUGACUAAAUACCACUCGUGUCCACCAAAACCAUACAAAUGUCCGCUUCAAUGGUGCGACCGAUCGUAUCAAUCAAAGUCUGAACUAACAAAUCACGUGAACAAACACAACGGUCUUCGGCCCUAUCGAUGCACUCACGAGGGCUGUGGCCGUGAAUUCCUGCGUCCGGGCGAUCGGCGCCUUCACAUGAAAGCUGUCCACUCGUCCGCACCCGACGACCAAUCCAUACCAAAGCAAUACCCGUGUCCGCAGUCGAGCUGUGGCCGAGUCUUCAAAACUAACAAUAGCUUAUAUGUACACAUGAAUAGCGCGCACUCGACCCGUGAGUAUCGGUGCGAUUGGCCCGACUGUGCCUACAGGACACACACACAGAAAUAUUUAAACAAUCACCGAUUCGUUCACAGUGAGGACAAGCCGUUCGCGUGUGAUUGGCCCGGAUGUCAGUACACCGCCCGUAGUUAUACGAAUUUAUACGCACAUAAAACGACUCACAAAGACAAUAGACCGCUGGCCUGUGAUUGGCCCGAAUGUGGCCAACGCUUUAAGACUAAAUCCAUUUUAAAGAAUCAUAUGAUUGUUCACAAAGGAUUGGUUCCACCCGUUAAUCAAUCGGCCGACAAAUCCUAUGUAUGCGCUCACGAGGACUGCGGCCAACGGUUCGCUAUUAAAUCCCUAUUCAAUCGUCACGUGACAGCCGCGCACCCGACGGACCAGCCGUUUGCGUGCGAUUAUGAAAACUGUGGCAAACGUUUCAAAACUAGAAAGCGAUUAAUGAGUCACAAAAGGACAUAUCACUCGACUGUUAGCCUACAGUUGUCGUGUCCGGAGUCGGGCUGUGGUCGAGUUUUCAAAACUAAAAGUGGUUUUAAUUCACACAUGAAUGGCGUGCACUCCACCCGUGAGUAUCGGUGCGAUUGGCCCGACUGUGAGUUCCGGACACAUACACAGGCGAUAUUAAAAAUGCAUCGACUCAUUCACAGUGAGGACAAGCCGUACGCGUGUGAUUGGCCCGCGUGUCAGUAUAGGGCCCGCACAUAUGGUCAGAUAACUGUCCAUAAAAAUAUUCACUCAGACAAUGAACCGCUGCUGGCCUGUGAUUGGCCCGGAUGUGAGUACACGGCCCGCAUUUUGUCCCAAAUAAAGAAACAUCAAGUGAUCCAUAGCGACGACAGGCCGUACGCCUGUGAUUGGCCGCAAUGCGAGUAUAGGGCCGGCAAUAAGCAUAGACUUAAUGCACACAAGAAGAUCCACGAUGAUACUAAACCUGUGGCCUGUGAUUGGCCCGCGUGUGAGUACAGGUGCCGUUCGGUUAACUCUAUGAAAACGCAUCAACUGAUCCAUACGGAUGAGCGGCCGCACGCCUGUGAUUGGCCCGAUUGUGGCAAACGGUUUAAAUCAAAAAACAUACUCAAAGACCAUGUGGUGGUCCACACGGGCCCAGACAUGCGGUGCGAUGUGAAGGGCUGUGAGUUUAGGACCAGACAUAGA